AUGCGGGCAGGCACAGGGGCAACCUCCCUCGGCUAUGGACUCUCACCUGUCACCACCGGAAAGCAGAAUCGGGACACGUUGCCCCACACUCCCCGUUACAGCUCCUCUGCUGUUGCGGAGUUACAUUUCAGCCACAUUCAGGCUAUCCUUGUUUCUUCUUCCUCCGUGCUGCGUGGGUGCCGAGGGCUGGGGCGAGAAGGGCUAACGGUCCGCAGGAGGCUGCGCUGCUUGCUGUGCGGCGCCUGGGCACUGCCAGGGAGGAGCAGAGUCCCCUCUGCCUCCCGGCUGGACUGGUCCCACCUUGCCCGCCUGAUGCACUCGGCUGGCACCGACCUCCUGCUCUUUCUCUCACACCCACGUCUACGCUGUCUGGAAAGGCUGGGCUCCAUCUGCACAGCCUGUCCCCAGCUGGCCACCCCCACCACCUUCGUGGACCCACCCUGGUGCUCUGAGAAGCAGUGGGAAAAUGCCACCUGGUUGGUGACAGAGUUCAUGCUGGUGGGCUUCUCCAGUCUUCCAGACCUGAGGACCAUCCUCUUUGUGCUAUUCUUUCUCACCUACCUGGUCACCCUCAGCGGCAACUUCACCAUCGUCACCGUCAUCCAUGUGGAUCAGAGCCUGCACAUUCCCAUGUACCACUUCCUGGCCACGCUGUCCCUCUCUGAGACCUGCUACACGCUGGUCACCAUCCCUAACAUGCUGGUUCAUCUGUCCUUCCUCCUCAUCCUCCUUUCCUACACCGCCAUCAUAGCCACCGUCGUGAGGAUCCCCUUGGCAGCGGGCAGGCACAAGGCCUUCUCCACCUGCGCGGCUCAUCUCACUGUGGUCGUUGUGCAUUUUGGCUGUGCAUCCAUCAUCUACCUGCGGCCCGAGUCCAGAGGAAAACCCCAGCAGGACCGGCUGGUGGCCGUGUUCUACACGGUGGUGAUGCCGCUGCUGAACCCCGUGGUGUACACGCGCAACAAGGAGGUGAGAGCGGCUCUGAGGAGGCCCUGGCCCAAGCUUAGCUUCGGAGUUUUUAGGUAA